GCACCACGUUACCAUCUCGCUCCAUUCACCCAUGAUCAAACUCUUCAGUCAUUCACCACGCUCAAGAAACGGCACGCGCAACCACAUGCGGAACUGAGAAAAGCCGCGUUAGUAAAUUAGCUCAUCGACACUCAAAGGAACGAGGCCAAGAAGACAACAAACCAGGGCGCGGGACUUUACGACUAAUCACGCCAAGGUCCCCAAGGAAUGCCGCGUGUGAUAAAUUGAGGGACAGCGCCCCAGGAAAACGUAUAAAGCCAGAGGUUAGAAUCUACAUACUUAUACCAGCUGCUGAGCGAAUUAGGCCUCUACGCAUCACCUAACCUUGAUACUGAACCUCGCCCAUUGACCUAAAAUAGUCUACACAGUGAUGCCAUACCCAAUUUUGUCUCACAGGUUUAUCUAUGACCCCGACGAGGCGGGGAGCGAGGACGAGAGAGCGCAGCUGAGACGGGACAAGGUAUCGCAGUUGCGGGCCAUGUUCGAGGCGGGCUCGCCGUGGUUCACCAAAGCCUUCAUGCGGGAGUUUGCCGACGAGCUUGAACGGCUGCGGGCCAUGCCGUUGGAGGAGGUCAAGGGCCAGAUCUUCUCCGUGACGGGCGUUGACGGCGAGCGCUUCAACGAGCCCAUUCACUUUACCGGAGAAGUGGUCAAAGCCAAUAUGGUAGAGAAGAUGGAGAAAUUCAAUAGCCGGGAUAACAGCGAGGCCAAUGACGCACCUGCGGAUACCGCCAAGACGUGGGAAUAUGUCUACACGUGGCCUCGCGCCAGUUACCGGACAGUCGACGCCAUGAUCUCGCAGCCCGAAGACUCCAACCGCCCACCGAGGUACCUACCCCUGCCCAUGACGUUGUGCUGCUCGGCGCGCAAGCGUGACCGCACCACCCACGAGUUCGUCGUGGACCCACCCGCCUUCUCACGCGACGUGGUGCAAGCCUUCUGGGAGGCGACGUGCGCUGGGUGGAGAGCCAGCGAGAAUUACGCGGUACUGAAGCAACAGUUGGAGGCAGCUGUCUCCUCGAUGGCGGCGGCUGGGACUCUGCCCACGAAGGUAAUCGGCCUUGGGCUGGGGUCGUUCUCCAUCUAUGGGUAUCUCUAUGAAGGCAGUGUGCUGCAGCACGCGCUGGUUCUGCUCAUCCGCGACGUGCUCGCUGCUGGCGCUGGAGCUGAAGCUAGCACCACGACUGUGCCCUGCUAUGUCCAAGACCCUGGCUACCAGCCCGAGGACGAGUCAAUUCUCACAGAAGCCGGCUUCACGUUGCUUCAGGACCCGCGGGGCUUCAUCGAGAUUGACGACGGCAGCGUCGUGGUGACCCAGGGCCCGGACGUGCCCGUGAAAGCGAUUGUGGCGGACCUCGCCCGGCCAGUAAUCUUGAUCUGGGCCCAUCCACCCGGGCAGGAGCAGGAUAAGACCCCACUGUGGCUAGUCACCGAUCCGAUGACGCCAAGGGUCAAGAGCAUGCUGUCUAGCGACUAUUUCCCCAAGAUCGACCUCCCCGACUAUGGCGAAGGCGUGUUCAGGUGGCUCAGCAUGCAUGUUCGGAAGUCCCUUGCGGAGAAAUAGUGGACAACUUCCCUGUAGAUAGCGGUUAUUAAUGGCAACAGCACAUGGGCUAUUGACUGGGACUCAUCGGGGCUUCACGGCUGCCCAAGCUGUUUCAUAGUCCAGAUAAAGGUGUCCCCUAGAAGACUAGCGGACGGCAACGACCCGCAGGAAUGGCAUAAGCGUGACAAGCGCCGGAAUUUGCAUAUACCAUUUUGGGGUUGAGCAAGGUGUUUCGACA